AUGACGAAAUCUACCAGACGCGACCGCCGCAAGAAGGCCAUUGCCUCCGGAGCUGCGCAGGCUCGAGGUGUGUCGAAGGUCAUGACAAAGGAACGAACGGCCUCAACUUCAUCAUCCGGGGGUUCAAACCACAAGCGACCAGCUGCAGCAGGGCUAGUUGGGAAGGGUGGCAAGGAGCUUGUCAAGCGUCCCGCUGCGCGCAAGCAGCGGGGCGGCGGGAAUGAUAGCCAGAGCGCUUCUACUGGAAGGGGUGCGAAUGGGAGAAAAAAGAAGCGGCCACGAAGCCAGGUCGAAGAGGAUGAAGAAGAGGAGAGAGAGGAGGGAGGUCGUGAAUCCGUGGAGGACGAGCUUGUGGCCACCAUUCAGGAACAUGACGAGUUUUUCUCGAGGAUGCUAGACAUGAUUCCGGAGAACCUGGUGCUCCGCGCGAAGGAGGUCGCGGAGUCUUCAUACGCCAGCAAGUACAUGAAGAACAAGAAGGGCGAGGCGCCGAAGCAAUCGAAGAAGGAGGAAUCCAAGAAGAACAAACGGGCCCGCUACGCCGCCGACAACCAGAAGACACUCCUGGAGAAGCAGCAGGAGCGCGCCAAGGCCGGCGAGGAUGGGGGCGAUGCUGACGCUGGUAGCGACAAAGACAGCGACGAUGACGGCGACGAGAGUGACGGGGGCCUACAGGCGGCCGCGGAGCAGGACGGGCUCCAGAGCGAGGUACUCAGGGGCAAGAGUAUGGACGUGGCGUCCAUGGAUGCCCUCAAGAAGCGGAUAGAGGAGCGCAUCAAGGUCUUCCAGGAGAAGCGAACCGCCGCAGAGGGAAGCCGUCGAGCAAAAACCGCCGCUAAGAGGAGCGCGAAGACCGCCACGAAGCGGGAGAACAAGCGCAAGGGCGCCAAGGCCAGGAAGAAGGGGAGGGAAGGGGCGAUUGCCGCGGUAGCGGCAACGGGGGGAGCGACGGGUGGAGCCAAGGGGUCCGCAGAAGCCGCAAACGGGGCCGUUGAAGGGAAGGCCAAGGGAGCCAAGGUAGAAGCCAAUGGCUCGCAUGCACCCGUUGCAAAGCCGCAGCUUCCCCCUCUGCCGACCGUGGAAGAUGUAGGAGACAUCGAGUUCUCCGGGCUGCGGGGGGUCCUUGGCGACGGCAGCGGCAACCGCGGAAAGCACGGUUUGCCCAAGGUGGGCGCUCCGGGCAGCAAGAUGAAGCGCCUGCACGGCCUGUUGGCUGCCGCGGAGGAGAAGAAGCAGCGGCUUGCGGGGCUCCGGCAAACGGAGACGGGCAAGGAGAAGGCCAAGGAGGAGGGGUGGGCGGACGCCAUCCGCGUGGCCGGAGGGGCCGAGAUCAAGGACAACCCGGCUGCCCUGAAGAAGAUGAUCAAGCGCAAGGAGAAGGAGAAGGCCAAGAGCGCCGCCAAGUGGGACGAAAGGCUGUCGGGGCAGAGGAAAGAGCAGGCCAAGAAGCAGGACAAGCGUGAGGAGAACCUCAACAGGAGGAAGAAGGGGGGGCCCGCGGUGGGGGAGACCGACAAGGCGGCAUCGGGGGGGGAUGCCGCUUCGGGUCAAGGCGGGAAGCGCCAGAGGCGCGCUGGCUUUGAGGGCAAGAAGCAGGACUUUAUCAACAAAGAAAGGCCCAGCAAGGCCGGCGAGCAAGGGGGAGGCGGAGGGCGCGGAGGCGCUAGGGGGGGGCGGGGACGGGGCGGGGGCGGCAGGGAUGGCGGCCGGGGGCGCGGCGGGGGUAGGGGCGGGGGCGGCAGGGGGCGAGGGUAG